GCCACCUCGAGAAGACAGAGCGCGCUGGCGCGGAGCUUUGCCUGCCGUCGAACGCGAUCAAAACAAACAUAAGCUUAAAGUUGUUUGGGUUGUGUCAUGAGUUGUACUUAUUGUGCCGAUUUUAUUUUCAAUCAAUCCAUAAAAAGUUUUUUACUAUUUGAAAUUUAGAAGUAAUAUGCCACCUCAACCGGAGACACGGUCGGGGUCUGGUGGGAGCAGCCGUCAAACUCCUCUUCCUGGUACUGGUCUGGAAGAAAUUGGAGUGCCAGGACAAAACUACCUGCGGGAUGCUCUGACAAGCUGUACUGAUCCAUUGAAAGCUAUUGAAGAAUUCCAGCAUGAAAAUGGUAUCCUGCUACCUUCCCUUAGACAAAUGUUACCUCUGUUGGAUUUACAUGGGGUUCGACGAUUGGAUUUCCACACUUCAGUCCUGGAGGAGUUACGUGACAGACUGGUGUCACAUAUUGAAACAAUAGGACAAAAAGAAGGCAGGGAAAGAGAUCGAAAGUUAAAAGAACUCUUAAACAAGAGCUUUCCAUUAGUUCAGGUCAAAGCUCUUAGGCCUGUUGUGAUGGGAAUCCUUAAAAAUACCCCUCAUAUUGAUGACAAAUAUCUUCGAGUUUUGGUUAAAGACAGAGAGCUAUACAAUGAUACUGACACUGAAGUGAAACAGCAGAUCUGGAAAGAUAAUCAAUCACUUUUCGGUGAUGAAGUUUCUCCCUUGCUUAGUCAAUAUAUCAAGGAAAAAGAGAACAUAUUAUUUGACCAUCAAAACUUAACAAAUCUAUUCUUCAGCCCAUCACCAAAAGUAAGACGGCAGGGUGAAGUUGUUCAAAAGCUCGCUCACAUGAUUGGUAAUAGUGUUAAGUUGUAUGAUAUGGUUCUUCAGUUUUUACGAACACUAUUUUUGCGCACAAGAAAUGUUCAUUAUUGCACAUUGAGAGCAGAAUUGCUCAUGGCUCUACACGACCUUGAAAUCCAAGACAUUAUAUCUGUUGACCCCUGUCAUAAGUUCACAUGGUGCUUAGACGCUUGUAUAAGAGAAAAGAAUGUUGAUAUUAAACGAUCAAGAGAACUCCAGGGAUUCCUUGACAGCAUCAAACGUGGUCAAGAACAGGUCUUAGGAGACUUAUCUAUGACGUUAUGCGAUCCUUAUGCAAUUAACUUCCUUGCAACCUCUGCUAUGAAAAUACUUAACCACAUUAUUAUUAAUGAGGGCAUGGCAAGGGAUAACACCGUUUUAGUUCUGUUGUUGAGAAUGCUAGCGCUAGGGCUUAGUGCUUGGAAUAUGAUUGACUCGCAGGAAUUCAAAGAGCCUAAGCUCGAUCCCCAAGUUGUCACAAAGUUUAUCCCUGCUCUCAUGUCUCUCAUGGUAGAUGAUCAAGUCCGUCAGUUAAGUGCAAAAUUGCCACCAGAUGAACGAGAGUCUGCCAUUACAAUCAUUGAACAUUCUGGCCCACCACCUGAUGCCUGUCAAGCUUAUGUACAAGAAAGCUCAGUCGCAUCAAUCUUGUCUAUGUAUUAUACUCUUCAUACAGCACGUUCAAAAGACAGAGUUGGUCUAAUGAGAAUUUUAGGAACUCUAGCAGGCUGUGAAAGUGAUAGAGCUUUCGAGGAUCCUUUUCUUCAUUUUUUGGUUUCUCUCCUUGUUCACAUGGGAGAAGAGUUUGUCGCAGAAGACUUCUGUACUGUAGUCUUUGAUGAAUUUUUUUAUGCUGGACUCACAAGGGAUAAUGUGACUAGACACUUACUAAAACUUCUGUGGUAUGUCUACCCCAAGUUGCCUGCCAGCCGAUUACAUACACUAGUGAAAGCUCUGCAGCCAUCCUCUCAGCAAAAUGAAGCAGUUCACCGUCUUUACGAUGCUCUCAAUGAGAGAAUUGGAAAUGAAGAAGCUGCUCCUGUUGUGCCAGCAAAUAUGGACUAUUUAGAGAGCCCGUUGAUGAGUGUGCCGACCCCAGCACCUAUAUAA